UUUUGGUGUUGCCGAAAGCUGCUAGGGAUGAUGAUGAUGGCGGAGUUGGUGCAGGGACAGGCCUCGGUGGCACAGCCCGGAAUGAAAGCAGACGGCUUCGCCGACGCUUUACAUCGGGCCCGACAGAUUGCGGCCAAAAUGGGGGGUGACCAGAUGGCCCACCUGAACAGCUCCUCACCUGUGGUAGACCCCUCCCUCUACGGCUAUGGAGGACCGAAGCGGUCGCUGGACGAAGGGGUAGGUAACCAGCUCGGAGCAAUGGUACAUCAAAGGGCUAUUAUGACCGAAGACUUCAAAGUGCCUGACAAAAUGGUGGGAUUCAUUAUUGGCAGAGGAGGAGAGCAAAUUACCAGAAUUCAGCUUGAAUCGGGCUGCAAAAUCCAAAUCGCAGCAGACAGUGGGGGGAUGCUGGAGAGGCCCUGUACCUUGACUGGAUCCCUGGAAAACAUCGAGCAGGCCAAACGGCUGCUGGGGCAGAUCGUGGAGCGGUGCCGCAACGGCCCCGGGUUCCACAGCGACCUGGACGGGAACAGCGCGGUGCAGGAGAUCCUGAUCCCCGCCAGUAAAGUGGGGCUGGUCAUCGGGAAGGGAGGGGACACCAUCAAACAGCUUCAGGAGAGAACGGGGGUGAAGAUGAUCAUGAUUCAGGACGGCCCCAUGCCAACGGGCGCGGACAAGCCCCUGAGAAUCACGGGGGACCCCUACAAGGUGCAGCAAGCCCGGGAGCUGGUCGUGGAGAUCAUACGUGAGAAGGACCAGGGCGAUUUCCGGUUGGGCAGGAGCGAGUUUGCGUCCAGGCUGGGCGGAAGCAGCUUGGAUGUCGCCGUGCCGAGAUUUGCGGUGGGAAUCGUCAUCGGGCGAAGCGGCGAGAUGAUAAAGAAGAUUCAGCACGAUGCCGGCGUGCGGAUCCAGUUUAAACCAGACGAUGGCAUCAGCCCAGACCGAAUCGCCCAGGUGAUGGGUCAACCUGACCGGUGUCAGCACGCUGUCCACCUCAUCAACGAGCUGGUCCACACUGCGCAGGAGCGUGACGGUUUCGGGGGAGCAGGAGGUCCCCGCGGCCGGGGUCGAGGUCGUGGCGAGUGGAACAUGGGGACGCCCGGGGGCCUGCAGGAAGUGACAUACACGAUACCCGCCGACAAGUGCGGCCUGGUGAUCGGGAAAGGUGGAGAGACAAUCAAGAACAUCAACCAGCAGUCCGGGGCGCACGUGGAGCUGCAGAGGAACCCCCCGCCCAACACCGACCCCAACGUGCGCAUCUUCACCAUCCGGGGCACCCCCCAGCAGAUGGAGCUGGCCCGGCAGCUGAUCGACGAGAAGAUCGGGGGGUCAGGCAUGGGGGGUAAUGGCAGUUUUGGAUUGAGCCCAUUCACUCAAGCGACGGCCACUCCUCACCAGAAGCCAAGCUGCGGGGCCCGCCUCCCAGCAGAGCUCCCCUCCAGACUACAGUGCGGCCUGGGCCGAGUAUUACCGGCAGCAGGGGGCGUACUACGGACAGGGCACACAGCAGACACAGGCCCCUGGCCUUCAGGAACAUUAGAAUGGAUGUCCUUUGAUGAUUUUGGAAUCUUUGAGAGAGAGAGAGAGAGAGAGAGAGCAAGAGAGAGAGAGAUAGAGGGAGGCUAUGGAAGCAAACCUUUUAUGACAGGUUUAUAGAUUCGGCAAUGUCUUGAAGACUUAAUUUUUUUUUCUUAGUGCAAAACACUAGCUGUAGAAUUACUUGUACAAUUCAAAAGAAAAGGAUGAAUUUCUAAAUCAGGAACAUUUAAUUGUUACUAAAGUGUGAAUACCCUUCUAUUUGAAUGGACACUUUCUGGGACUUCUUGGGGCAUGAGAGAAUCUUUUUGUUUUUUGUUUUUGUUUUUUCCUUUUUUUUUUGUUUUUUUUUUAAUCUAUAUUAAUUACAAAACACACCCCAGAGUUGUAACAUUUCAACAAAAUGCAAUAUGAUCUAUUUUUUGUAGUUCUGUCGCAAUAAAGUCGUGAUUAUGGGCUUAGCAGUCUUGAGUAUUUUUUUUUUUUUUUAAUGGUUUUCUGUUUGUCAAUGAAAAAUGUUUUAAAUGUGUAAUGUGUGCUUUCUUAUUUUCAUUUUUACAUAAACCAUUUUUUAAUUCUGUGAGAUGAAACUGUGAUAUCAUGUUACGGGGAAAGGUAUUAUUUUGUUACAAAAUACCGGGAGUGGUUUUCAGCAAAUGGCAGUCAAUUACUAAUUUAAUUCCUGUUCUGUGUAAUAUUCUAUUUCAAUGUCACUGUAUUGUAUUCUGGUUUAAAGAGGUGCAAUAUCCCAUUUCCUUUUCUUGAAACAAAGAUGAACUCUAUAAUAUUUUGACAAAUGUUUAACCAGUAGGUCUUGGAUUUAAAUCAUGUUUUUUAGGCAAUUGAAGAUGUAAUGAAAAAUUAUUUUUUAUUACAGUGAUCUAAUAUGGGAAAGGGGGGGGGGGUGUUGCAUAUUGUGAAUUGAUGUCUUUGCUAUCUUGUUAAACUAUGUGUAUGUUCAGAUACUUGACAAAAUAGUUUAUUUAAAAUAUAUGUAAUUAUCUGAUGUUCACAGGAAAACUAUCCCUGUUCUGUUUUCUGUUUUCAUACUGAAAAAUGUUCAACGAUAGUGAAUGUGUAAUUUGAAAUCUGAUGUUGCAUCUUUGCUGCAGGCAAAAUUUUGAGAAGAGAUUUUUAUGUGCGCUCUGUAUUUUGACCGUUCAAGACUGCUAAGCCUUUAUUCAAUCCUGUGUAAUUAAUUGUAGCUUUUAUAUUUUAAGUAUUGAAAGAUAAGUUGUUUGUUAUUUGGUACCACCAAGCUCCCCACCACCCCAGACAGUAUACACUGUGGACUCUUGCAAAUGAUAAUAACUUUUUCAUUGAUUGGUUUUUUUUCUUUCUAUUAUGUGUAAGCUAAUAUAUGUAUGAUUGAUUAGUUACAAAAUGAUUAUAGUAUUAUUAACUGCAUUGCCUAAUGAAAAGGGAUAUUAUAAUUUCAAAAUGUUAAACUUUAGUGUUUUAUUUUUCCUCAUAUGUACAGAUAACCAUGUAUUAAAAAGGUUGAGUAAUUUGUUUUUCAGUUGAAAUGAAGUGGGGGUUUUCUGUUUUAUGUUUGGGGCAAUUGUUUUUUUUUUUUUUUUUUUUUUUUUUUUUUUUUUUUAGCACAUUCCAAUUUCAAAGUGUUCGCUUUUAUUUGCAGUUCUCUUAAACCUAGAUCUACCUUUUGGAGCCCUGUCAUUGGACAAACCAGGCAAUCUAUAUAUACAAUAUAUAGAAGUUAUAUAUGUUAUAUAUAAUGUUUUAUAUGUUAUAUAUAGAAAGUAUAUAUUCUCUCUAGUGAAUUUUUACUCUUUAUUUGCCAUUUCACACUCUGUAAUAAAUUAACCACAAAUCUCUUUUGUGGUAAAAGUAAAGAAUCUUUAUUUUUGUAACAUUAUAAAGUUUUAAAAAACUGCACCGGUCUGAAGUCUGAUAGAUUUAUCUCUCUUUUACCCCUCGAGAUUUCUUUUUUUUUUUUUGCUGUGUACCCUCAUUAUGAGAUUAAAAUCCUAAAUUCCAAAUGAAAAA